AUGGAUGAAUCCUCGAACGUAAAUGAGCUUAAAAAACUUGCUCGACAUUUGACCAUAGUUUACGUAAAUUGUUGCAUUUUUUGCUUUUCAACUACUUCUGGAAUUCAAGCAAGUUUUUACUUAACUAACGUACUUAUAGCUUACUUACCACCGUUUUUAAGUCUUUUUUGGUUCAUAAGCAUCAUUAUUGUCAUCAAGACAUCUAAUAGCAAAUUGCGAUUCAGUUUAGUGAUUGUAUGG